AAUUUUUUUGUCAUGGGAGAAUCUUGCUUGAGGUUUACUUCUUGAUCGAAACACACAUCGGAUCUCUAUGCUGCAGCCAUCGCCAAGUCCUCCUCGUCGAAUAGUUUCUCUACCUAUUUCUAGGCGUGCCAAUCUCCUUGUUUUCUCGGAUCUUACUUGUCCCAUUGAUCAUCUUCGUCCACAACAUAUCUACGGUUACAUCGACACAGCUCUCAAAGCCUUAGGCUAUCUCAAAGUUUAUACUUUCGAUCUCUUCGUCCAAUCCAAGGCUCUUGAUGGAGGAGCUAUCGAUAUGCUUCGAAGAUCCGGCAUUGGAGCGUCAGAUUCUCGUCUUCGCACCGACGUCUCACAUAUCAAGAGUCUCGGGUUUGAGAUAAUCUUAUUUCACACCAAAAAGGUUCCCAAAGAUCUCAAGAACUUAUGUACAAAACAUGCACUAUGGUUUGAUGGUAUGACAGAACUGACUCAAGAAUCUGACGAAGCAGAGAGCAGUGCAUCAGAGGAAGAAGUAAGACCUGCAAAGAAGCUCACAAAAAUGGCGACUGUUCCUGAACCUGAAGAAGAAGAGAGAUUGAGACUGAGAAGCUUCGUUGAGGAAGAAGAAGAGUAUGAUGAAUUGAAGAAACUAGCAAAAUCAUUUCUAGGUUUAAGCUUCUCAGUAAUGUUAGCUCAUCUCCCAAACGACGCAAUCUCUCUCGUUCCUCGAUUAACAUCUGAAGUCACCGAGCUAAAACGACGUCUCGCGACGGCAGAGGAACAAGUCCGUCAGAUGAAAUCUCGGCGCGUGGAAGAUUCAAAAGCUAACGCGCGUGUGGUCGAGAUCUUCGCUAGUCAUAGAAACGCUUGGCAAGAAGAAGAGAAACGAUUGUUGAAUCGGAUUCAUGAAAUGGAAGAAGAAAGAGAAGAUUUCAUGAAUAGAAUCAAUGAGCUCGAGAGAGAAGUUAGUGAGAGAGAUGAAAUGAUUGGGUUUAUGUCUCGAAGAGAGAUUGAGGAAGAAGAAGAAGAUGAAGUAGGAGAUGGAGAUGAGUCUAGUGAACGUUAUGGUGUGGAUCACCUCACUGUAUCAUCAUCACCUAAUGCUUAUGGGAUUAACCCAAGUUCCAAUUUUAAUCCUUUCCAGGAUUUACAAUAUGAAUCUUUGGAAUCUGUGUAUCGUAUGAAGCAUUUUGUGCCAAGAAGGGAAUCACCAUGGAAGAUUGAUAGUGAAGGGACGGGUGUAUCUGCGAAACUGAGGUUGCUUGAAGAGGAAUUACUGAAUCUUGAGAAAGUUUGUCGUAGUGACAUAUCGAAAGUUCCGUCUUUGUUGAGGAAACAGGCUAAGAGGUAUCAAGCUCUUUCGGGGAAGAUCGAUGAUCUAUGUAGAAGAAUGCAGAGUAGUGAUCCGUGUGAUGCUACAUUAGGACCUGAGUUCAGGACGCAAAGACAAACCGAGUUUCUGCUCGAGUGUUUCAGGCUUCAGCAGCGGGCAUCAGAGACAGGGCAGAAGCUAGUUUCAUUGCAGACGGAAAUCACGAGGAGUAAUCAAGGAGAUCAAUUAAGCCAAGCCAAGAUGAACACAGGGAGGUCAUUGGAUUUGAUCAAGAAUAACUUGAAAGAAGUUCAGAGAAACUUGGAGAUUUGGCUGGCUAGGAUUAUUGGAGAUCUUGAAGGUAUACUUGCUAGAGAUGGGGCUUCGCGUGUAAGAGAAUUCUACGUUGCUCGAUACCCUUUUGUUCAGUAGAAUCAGAAAUCUCUCUAUCUCUUACGGCUAAUUCGCCAUUUUUUUUUGUUUCUUUUGUCUUGUGUAUGUGUAUCUGUUACUGUGGUUAACCUGCUAAAGAUCAGUGUAGAAGUCUAGGUUUGAUCUGAUAAAUAAGCAACUUGUGU